AUGGAUGUCUUUAAAAAGGGCUUCUCCAUUGCGAAGGAGGGCGUGGUGGCCGCAGCCGAGAAGACCAAGCAGGGGGUCACCGAAGCAGCCGAGAAGACCAAAGAAGGGGUGAUGUACGUAGGCACAAAAACCAAAGAAGGUAUGGUGCAAAGUGUCACUUCCGUUGCUGAGAAGACCAAAGAACAGGCCAAUCUCGUGGGAGAUACUAUGGUGAGCAGCGUGAACACAGUGGCAAAGCAGACAGUGGAAGGAGCGGAGACCGUUGUAACCAGCAGUGGACUGGUCAAAAGGGAUGACCUACAUCCAGAUCAGCAUGAAAACCAGCCUGCUGGAGCUGGAGAAAAAGACAUCUCGGUAGAAGCCACAGAGGGUGAAGGAAAUUAACCUUCUCUAGAACUUCUACUACAUUACGAAAAAAUGAGAAGACCAGGAAUCAACGCAGACCUGCUAGAGGUUGCAAACAGCAGGGAAAUCUCUACUAACCCUAAGCUAACUUCACACAGCACGAGCAAUGCUCACUUACCUAAUUCUCACUAUCCUAGCUGGGUGGCCAACUC